CACCUAAUUUUACAGGGUUUUCCAGUGGUUCAGAUAACUUUGAGAUGCUUAACGGACUCUAUCGCACGGGAAGUGAUACUUUUGGCGCGUUAGCGAUAAAUCUGUAACUUUACUGAACUCUAUGUGACGGGAAGUAGAUUCUUUGGCACCUUUUUUGGACAAGUCAUUUGGGUGCCGUUUGCCAGCUGGGUUUUCGUAUACAUGAGGUGGUUGAAGUAUUGCUAUUUUCAAUAAUACACAUCAAUAUAAAAUUUGCACUAUAUAUGGCUAUACACAUUUAUUAAAAUUAUGAUCAAAGCAUGAUAUGUUUUGUAAAUUAUCGAGUGAUGUUAUUUUACUUCAAUUUAUGUUGCUUUGUUAUGGAAGAGUAAUACAGGGUUUUCCAGUGGUUCUGAUAACUUUGAGAUGCUUAACGGACUCUAUCGCACGGGAAGUGAUACUUUUGGCGCGUUAGCGAUAAAUCUGUAACUUUACUGAACUCUAUGUGACGGGAAGUAGAUUCUUUGGCACCUUUUUUGGACAAGUCAUUUGGGUGCCGUUUGCCAGCUGGGUUUUCGUAUACAUGAGGUGGUUGAAGUAUUGCUAUUUUCAAUAAUACACAUCAAUAUAAAAUUUGCACUAUAUAUGGCUAUACACAUUUAUUAAAAUUAUGAUCAAAGCAUGAUAUGUUUUGUAAAUUAUCGAGUGAUGUUAUUUUACUUCAAUUUAUGUUGCUUUGUUAUGGAAGAGUAAUAACAUUCAAGUCAACUAGCGUUUAUAAACAUUCGCGAGUGAAAUCAUCUGCUGUCAAUUCGAAUGGGUGGGAAACAACUACAACAACAAUUUUCCACAACCAAACGCAUUCCGAAAAUAUCGCUUCAAAAAAGGUUUCAUGCUGUCGUGGCUGUGCUGUGCACCAAAACAUAAUAGUGCUAAUUCGUGAAUCUUAUUGCACACAGUAUGUAUUUAAGCCCAUAACACUUGAAGUAGUUGUAAUUAUUUACGUGUUCCGAAUGUUACAGGUGUUUCAAUAUAACCGAAAUCAUUGGAUGCUGUUUGUGAAGAUCGAUUGUGUCAUCAUUUUACAAGCAAAACUCAAAUAUUAUAACAGACAUGGAGCCCAAUACAAGUGCAGCUACACGACGUGUUGUAAAAACCACAUCCGAUAGCGACAGGAAGCGGGUCAUAACGGCGUAUGAAAAUGGCUCAGCUCCAUCAGCAAUAAGCCAAAUGCUUAAUAUAAAGAGACCAACGGUGUAUGGAAUCAUAAAUAAAUACAAUGCAACUUGGCAAAUCGCUGCAGCUAAGCGUGGUGGCACCUGUAAAAAAAAGUUGUCGCAGGAUGCGGUAGAAAGCAUUCGAGCCUGGAUCGACGAAGAUUGUGCGAUCACGCUGAAGUCACUGGCACAGAAAGUAUUUGAACGACACGGUGUACACGUUAGCAUCUCAACUAUAGCCAGGGAAGUAAAGGGCUUCAACUACUCCUUUAAAAUGCUGCAAAAAAUACCUGAAAGGCGCAACACAACUGCUACGAUCGAGGAACGUACCACAUACGCCAGAAACUUCUACCAAAUAACAAGGGCAUUUCCUGUAAGCGGAUUAAUAUAUUUGGACGAAGUGGGAUUCAACGUGAGCAUGCGGACAAGCAAGGGCAGAUCUCAGAAAGGAACGCCAGCAGUAACCGUGGUUCCUCAAAUUAGAACUAGAAAUAUAUCGAUAGUAUGUGCAAUGAAUUCGAAUGGGAUCGUACAUUACGUCACCCACAACCAACCUGUAAACAGAGAGCUAUUUACCAAUUUUAUUUAUGAGCUUAAAGAUAUAUUGCGAUCCAAAAACAUUAAUAGAAGCUAUUUAAUAAUGGACAACGUUGCUUUCCACAAGAGCCAGUCCGUGCAGGAAGCUAUAGGAACCGUUAUAGACAAACCUCUCUAUCUACCCCCAUAUUCUCCCUUUUUAAACCCCAUAGAGAAUAUGUUUAGCAAGUGGAAGAAUUAUGUAAAAAGAUCUAACUGCACUAAUCACGACCAACUAAUGGAAGCUAUAUGCAACGGAGCAAAUUAUGUUACCGCAGAAGAUUGCGAAGGGUUUAUAAACAACAUGUGGAACUACAUGUCACGCUGUUUAAGCGGUGAAGAAAUAUUAGAUUAGAUGUAUCUUUAUUCUUUGAUAGCUCCUUUGAUAGAAUUCAAUAGUUUUAUUCAAUAGUUUAGAUAGAUGAGAUUAAUUAGUAGUAGUUAAGUCGAUUAACACUUCAAUGGAAAACCGUACUCCAAGAAUUUUUCCUCAAAAUGUGCUGUGCAGUUUCCUCAACAGUUAUUACGUUUUUUUUUUUUCAUUAGUUAAGUUCUUCAUCUUUAGAUGGAAAAACGAUACUCAAAGAGUUCCUUGAAAACGUGCUGUGCAGUUUUCUCAUCAUUAAUUACUUUUUUUAGUCAGUAGUAAAUAUCUUGAUUGUUAGAUGGAAAACAAUACUCAAAGAGUUCCUUGAAUAAAAUACAAUGCAAUUUUCGAACGUUUCUUAAAUCAGUUUGUUUUAGUUCUGAAAGAAAAACUAAGCUGUUUGCUUUCUUAAACCAGCUUUUAUUUACGG